CGCGCAGUGAGUCGGGAGUCCGUUCCUUCCUAUUCGCUCUGCGUCUGCGGCUGCGAGAGAGUGCGGCAGGGGCCGUCGCCUUUCGGUUUACUCUCCCACUGCCCAAGUUUAAAAAUAGCAAGCAGAGAAAGAGACAGGCCGCAAACGGAGGGAGAGAAGAAGAGACACGGAGGAGAGGAGAGGAGCGGGCUAGCCAGUCUCGAUCUCAGGUUCUCAAGAAAGACCCUGCAGGGAGAGCGAUCAAAAAGGCUGCCGGCACGGCCGGGUAGCAGCUACAACUACAAGCUGGCCUAUAGCUAGCUAGCUAGCUAUAGCUGCUACAGCCGCCGAGCUCGAUCCUCGGACUCGGACUGCAACGAGGAAGGAGAGGAAAUGGUGGGCUCCGGCGCGGAUGGGGGCGGCGGAGGGGAUGACGCGCGGAGCAAAGAGGCCGCGGGGAUGAUGGCGCUCCACGAGGCCCUCCGCAACGUCUGCCUCGACUCGGACUGGACCUACUCCGUCUUCUGGACCAUCCGUCCUCGCCCUUAGUUACCUUGGUGCACAUGCAGGCGCUGCCGCGGCGGCAACGGGUGCAUGGUCGGCGACGACAACGGCAGCCUGAUGCUGAUGUGGGAGGACGGCUUCUGCCGGCCACGGGUGGCGGAGUGCCUGGCGGACAUGAGCGGCGGCGAGGACCCGGUGCGGAAGGCCUUCAUCAAGAUGUCCAUCCAACUCUACAACUACGGAGAAGGGCUGAUGGGAAAGGUGGCCUCUGAUAAAUGUCACAAAUGGGUCUUCAAGGAACCUUCUGAAUGCGAGCCCAACAUCUCCAACUACUGGCAGAGCUCCUUCGACGCACUUCCUCCGGAAUGGACUGAUCAGUUCGCAUCAGGCAUCCAGACCAUAGCUGUGAUCCAAGCCGGGCAUGGCCUCCUGCAGCUGGGCUCUUGCAAGAUUAUACCCGAGGACCUGCACUUCGUGCUGCGGAUGCGACACACGUUCGAGUCGCUGGGCUACCAGUCGGGCUUCUUCCUCUCCCAGCUCUUCUCGUCGGCGCGGGGCGCCUCGCCGACGCCGCCUCCUCCGGCCGCGCGUCCCCCGCCGGCGCAGCUUUUCAACUGGCCGGGCGCCCACCAGCCGCAGCUCUUCCCGCCCGGUCCGGGCGCGUUCCACCACCCGUCGGCGCGGGCGAUGCCGCCAUUGUUCCCAGGCGGCGGCAAGGACGAGGGCCACAUGUUCCACAUUCCACCGGCACACCAUGGCAGCAAGCCACUGCACAUGGACGAGCUCCAGCACCGGCACCAGCAGACGAUGGGGGCCGGUGGCGAGGCGCCCGACGGUGAACUCCGGUGGCCCAACGGGCUGUCCUUCUUCACCGCGCUCACCGGGCGAGACGACGACGCGAAGCUGCUAUUCGGUGGCCCCGGCGCCGCGGACGACGAGAAGGCGGCGCCGGACGCGCAGACCGGGCACGGCGGGGCUGGGAACGUGGAGGAGUACCUGAGCCUGGAGAGCCACUCGGACAAGGCGCCGAGCAAGGUGGAGAACGGCGCCCAGCACAGCACCAAGUCCAAGAGGAGCUUCACGUUGCCCGCGCGGGUGAGCUCGUCCACGACCACGUCCCCGUCCGUGUCGGCCUCCACGGCGCCGCAAGGGAUGGAGUACCGAGGGACGCACGAGGGCGGCGUCUACUCGGACCUCAUGGAGACGUUCUUGGAGUAGCUAGCUAGAUCCGUAGCAUGCAUGAUCGGUUGGUUCAAGCCUUCAAGGUCACUACAACAACAAGUGCACGCUUCUUUUUUUUUCUUUUCCUCACCGCCCUCCCAAGUCCCAAGCUUUGUUUUAGGUCUGGAGUUUUAAUCGCAUAAUAUCUUUAAUUAGAUUUGUAUGUUCUUUGUUUUUUUCUUCUUUUCUCCUCUUCUUGGAAAAAAAAUUCUUUGCAUACCAGAUGCAAAGCCCAACUUUUGCAGCCCCUCACAUACCCCAUUGCUGGUCCAUACAAAUAAAUUAAAAAUAAAUUACUAAA